GCCUUUGGAAGCCCUGAUUGGCGAAGGCCGCUGUCGUUCCGGAGCAGCGUCGCGGCGCCGGCCCGCCCUCCUCGCCGCGUCGCCGGUUCCUCGGCCGCCAGCUUCGCCUCGCUUCUCCUCUCCCGGCCGGACUCCGGGGGGCCAGAGCGAGAAGCGGGGACCAUGUUCCGCCGCAAGCUGACGGCGCUCGACUACCACAACCCGGCCGGCUUCAACUGCAAAGAUGAAACAGAAUUUAGAAACUUUAUCGUUUGGCUUGAAGAUCAGAAAAUCAGACACUACAAGAUUGAAGACAGAGGAAAUUUAAGAAACAUCCACAGCAGUGACUGGCCCAAGUUCUUUGAAAAGUAUCUUAGAGAUGUCAACUGUCCUUUCAAGAUUCAAGACCGACAGGAAGCAAUUGACUGGCUCCUCGGCUUGGCUGUUAGACUUGAAUAUGGAGAUAAUGCUGAAAAAUACAAGGACUUAGUACUGGAUAAUGCAAAAGCCGAUAAUGCAACUAAAAAUGCAGAGCCACUGAUCAAUUUGGAUGUAAAUAAUCCUGAUUUCAAGGCUGGUGUGAUGGCUUUGGCUAACCUCCUUCAGAUUCAGCGUCAUGACGAUUACCUGGUGAUGCUUAAGGCGAUCCGCAUUUUGGUUCAAGAGCGCCUGACACAGGAUGCAGUUGCUAAAGCAAACCAAACAAAAGAGGGCUUGCCUGUUGCUUUAGACAAACAUAUUCUUGGUUUUGACACAGGAGAUGCAGUUCUUAAUGAAGCCGCUCAGAUUCUGCGACUGCUGCACAUAGAAGAACUUAGAGAGCUGCAGACAAAAAUCAACGAAGCUAUCGUAGCCGUUCAGGCGAUCAUCGCUGAUCCAAAGACAGACCACAGACUGGGCAAAGUAGGCAGAUGAACCGUGAGCUCAGCCUUCCCCGCUACGUCACUGGUGGCAUGUAUUUGGGAAUCUCAUGGGAGGAAGCCCGGGAAAUUGUUCUAGAUAUGCCACCACUGCUUUUUUUCUUUAAUAAAGUUUGUGAAAGUGGA